AAAGGCUGGGGAAAGUUGGUGAAUGUCCGUGCAGAGACAUUAUCCCAGUUCUUUUCCAAGUGCAGGAGAGUUCUAGAAUGCCUCGUCAAAGCCGCAAGCAAACCAAACCCACUGCCACACCUCAGCCAGUUGCCACACCUCGCACAAAUCCACAGGUCAAGUCAAGGCCAAGUUCCCUGGUCAAUGGAACCACCUCCAUCAAUUACAAAGUCUUGAAGAGGUCAGAGUUGCAACACCACUGCAAGGAACUGGGCCUUCGUGCCACAGGAAAGAAUACAGAACUAGUGGAGAGGUUGCAAGCCUUUCACGUAAAACCUCAGCUGAAACCUCCAGGUGCUGUAAGAGAAGCAGCAAAGAAGACUGAGGAGUGCCACCAAACUGCAAAGACACCUUUGGCAGUUCCACGUUCUGCUCUGUUGCAAAAGAUAAAAUCUGAGCCUGCUGAAGAUAAAAGAGAGGUUGUGGAGGGCUGGUGUGUUGUCCAUGGAAUGGCACUGUACCGCCCGUCAUCCAGCUGGGCUCCUCUGUUGCUCCAAAGAGGCUCAGUUUAUGUCCAGGAUGGCAAGAACCUCAUUCCUUUUCAUCUUCAGCCUCUCAACAUCCCUGUCCCAGAUGGCUUACUUGACAACCACAUCUGCAGGGAGUGUGUGCUCAGGAACCAAGAGAAUCCAAGAAAAGGGUGCCACCACGCUUGCUGUUCUCAGGAUUUCUUAAGUUCCAAGAUCACACUUAAGUAUAGCACAUCCCGUCCUUCGGCUCUACCAUCUUGUGCCUCCAAGAUCAGAGGAAGGACCACACAGUCCAGGAAGUCAUACCGGCCCCAGGAGGACGAGGCUUAUGCCCAGCGGGUAGAGGGGAUCCUGUUCCAGAUGGCACAUGGCGAGCUGGGAAUGGAUCAAGUUCUGCAUCCCCUCCAGCCCUUGGUUGUCCAUUCUCCAGCCCCUUUCAACCAAUAACAAGCUUGUAGAAAGUGGGUAGCACUUGGAGGGCCUGUUUGUUCUCAGAAGUUAAGGACAGUGAGAUUGUGUCUGGGGGUUCGCAUCUGGAUAUAUAAUUCCAAAAAUGAAAACAGACUGCCAGUGACAUCCUGUCUUUCCAAAAAGCACGUUCCAUAGAAAACCUCAACCCCAAACCUGAACUCUAAAUUAAAACAAACAUUUUAAUACUGCACACCCUUAAAAAUGAGUGCCUGGAUUCUCCUUGGCAGUUAGUGAAGAUGCUGAGUAUUUUCUGGCAUAAAGUGUGAUGGGAAUACCUCCGCCCUGUGUAUCCCUUUUCUGUUUUACUUCAUACUUGCACUCUCUCGUAGAAAGUGAAGAAUAGUAGUUUGGUGUGUGAUUUUGCACAAGAGUUUGGAUUGUUAUGGGUUCUGAAUUCUCUGUGCCUGAGAAAUUUUGGCUCUGAUUUUUUUAAAGAAGGUAACUUUGUUGCCAGGGUGUUUUUAUAAAGCUGUGCAAACAAUAUAAUGUUACACUCUCAGAAGCCACAGAGAAUGUUAAGUAUUUCUGAGGUCAGAAGGUGGAGAAUCUGUGCUUCUCACCUACAAGUAGCAAAUGCAGAAUAAAUGUUGCAGAAUUAAAAUAAAAAAUGAUUUAAUUAA